GUAAAGGUGUUGAUAGCUUUUCUUCAGGACCAUCUUCAAGGUCAACGAGUCCUCCGCUGUUGCAUCCAAAGGACAUUGUGAUAAGCCCCUCAGGGAGGCCUGCUGUGGUAACUUCCCUUCAAGCUACCACAAAUGACAGCAUAUUUCAGAUUAUCAGUGUUUCCAAGGAAACGGGUCUCGGCCUGCAGGUUGUAGGAGGCAUUGACAAGAAUGAAGGGCCCUUGGUGUAUAUUCUGGCAGUCGUUCCUGGAGGUGACUGUCAUAAGGAUGGUCGACUGAGACCUGGAGACCAGCUUGUAUCUAUUAACGAGGAAUCAUUGAUUGGAGUCACUUAUGAAGAGGCAAGAAAUCUAAUCAACAGAACAAAGCCGAGAUCAAAUACCUCUUGGGAGAUAGCUUUCGUCCGACAUGAUUCUGGUCCUGGUCAGGUGGAAAAUAUGCAGCCAUUCUCCAGUCUGCCAAGUUCAGAGAGAUAUGGACUACAGAAUAAUCUACUGAGCCUCAGUCCAACAUUGUCUUCUAAUAAGAAUGUUGCUGCCGAGAAGUCUGUUCUGAAUAUGAUGAAAACUGGAUUCAAGAAAGGAGAACAAUUUUCAGCAUUUUCUACAGACAGCAGUUCCAUUGAUGUAUCAACUGGGGCUGUUAGCCCCUCCUGGAGAAUUGAUUUUGGACCACAAAGAAGGAAGAUUUCCCUCAAUCCCUCAGUUCGCCUCAAAGCAGAUAAACUAGAGAUGGCUCUGAAGUAUCUUGGGAUUCAGCCUACAGAAGAACAGCAAGAAAUCCUAAGGCAACAGCUAGCAAAGGAUUCUAAAGGAACAGUCUGUUUUGGAGAUUUUGUUCAGGUGGCAAGAAAUUUAUUUUCUCAGCAGCUGGAUGAGGCUGGUCAAGGCCCUGUACAUGAAUUUGCUAAGUUAUUAGGUUCACAGCUUGUAUCCUGUGAUCUUCUGGAUAUACACGAAAUGGAAGAACUUAGGAAAGAGAAAAAUGAAGCUUUGAAAGAAAUAUGUCAACUGAAGGAAGAAUUGGCAAAGUCAGAACGUGUGAGAAAACAACUAGCUGAAGAGCUGCAGAUUACCAAACAAGAAGCCAAGGCAUCUGUGGAGGAGACGAGAACCUUGAGAAGCAGAAUCCAUCUUGCAGAAGCUGCCCAAAAGCAAGCUCGUGGAAUGGAACUGGACUAUGAGGAAGUAAUCCAUUUGUUGGAGGUAGAAAUAACCAAGCUGAAGGCUCAUCUUGCUGAUCAUAGUGGCCCAAAUAAAGAGAGUGUGCAGGAUUUAAGGAAGAGGAUUACUGUGCUUGAUUGUCAAUUAAGAAAAUCUGAAACAGCCAAGAAGACCUUUGAGGUGGCAACUGAAAAGUUGCUACAAUUUGUUGAGACUGUACCUGAAAUACUAUUGGAUAGCAGUAGUCCUCCGGUCACUUUAAGUGACAGGAAAGCCACGAUCUCUUCAAAAAUGCUCCUUGCACAUCUGGGACGGAAUGGCCGCACUCUGGCAGCAUCUCUUGCAACAGAAGCCAAAGAACUUGCUAGAUCUGUCCGUGCCAUUCUAGAAGCAGAUUGUCUGCCUUAUGGAUGGGAAAAGGCCUAUACAGCAGAUGGAAUCAAAUACUUCAUCAACCAUGUGACACAAACAACAUCCUGGAUCCAUCCUGUCACUAAUGUCCUUGCCUUGUCAUGCUUGGAAGGGAACGAGGAUGAUGGUUUCAGAGAGCUUCCGGAUCCCCAAACUUGAGACCAUAGAUGAAAGACAAACUGCUUCCAACAGUUUAUUCAUCAACUGAAAUAAAUAAAAGCUUAGUUAUUGCUUCUGUAUAACAGGUUUUUACGCUAAACAAUUUCCCUCAGAAUAUCAGUAUUAUACAGAAGAACCGGUUUCACAUUCCAAGAGUUUAAUUUUAAUAUUCUUUAUGUCCCCACCAUUACAAAUUCAUAUUUUUUUGGAAAACAACCAUGGAAACCUUCUUUCUUUCCUGAUAAUUAUUGCUGAUAGCAGAUGUGACCUGGAUUGUUCCUUACACAUAUCCUGCUAUAUUCUCUUCAACAGUGCUGAGUCCCUCAAGCUAGUCCUACCAUGAGGUAGAUUUAAGGAAGUAGGUUCAGAAAGCUUUGGGGUCUCAUUGAAAGGUGACAAAAAUAGUUGAUGUGUUUGUUUGUUUAAUGCCUUCGAGUCAGUGUUGACGUCUGGUGACAAGUCCCUGAAGUUUUCUUGGCA